AUGCUUCUUAGAAGCAAGGAUGUGGAGAACUUUGAGCAUGACAUUUGGAAAGACCAAUCAUCGCAAGAGGUUCCCUUGGCUACUAAAAAAGUAAAGUGUUUUUAUAAAACCUUUCCUAAACAGAAUGGCAAAAACAAAGAGGCAGUGGACCCCAAUGGGGUCAAUGCCCCUGCUGCGUUCCUGCCCUUUCUGAGUCCCCGAAUUCCCGCAUAUCAGAGGUGCAGGAUCUGGGAUAAGUUGCACGAAGAACAUAUCAAUGCAGGACGCACAGUUCAGCAACUCCGCUCCAAUAUCCGAGAAAUGGAAACACUUUGCUUAAAAGUCAGAAAGGAUGACCUACUCGUUCUGAAGAGAAUGAUAGAUCCAGUUAAAGAAGCAGCAGCAGCAGCAACAACCGAAUUUCUACAAGUGCAUUUAGAAUCUGUAGAAGACCUUAAGAAACAGUUUAACGAUGAAGAAACUGUAUUACCACCUUCAUUGACCAGAUCCAUGACUGUUGGUGGAACAUUUCACAGUAGUGAAGCUGAAGCUGGUCCUCAGAGUCUGACUCAGAUCUAUGCGCUGCCUGAGAUUCCUCGAGAUCAAAAUGCCGCCGAAUCGUGGGAAAACUUAGAAGCGGACUUGGUUGAACUUAGCCAGCUGGUUACUGAAUUCUCGCUACUAGUGAAUUCCCAGCAGGAGAAGAUUGACAGCAUUGAAGACCACGUCAACAAUGCUGCUGUGAACGUUGAAGAGGGAACCAAAAACUUGGGGAAGGCUGCAAAAUACAAGCUGGCAGCUCUGCCUGUGGCAGGUGCACUCAUCGGAGGAGUGGUGGGGGGUCCGAUUGGCCUCCUUGCAGGCUUCAAAGUAGCAGGAAUUGCAGCUGCACUUGGUGGUGGGGUGUUGGGCUUCACAGGUGGAAAAUUGAUACAAAGAAAGAAACAGAAAAUGAUGGAGAAGCUCACUUCCAGCUGUCCAGAUCUUCCCAGCCAAACUGAGAAGAAAUGCAGUUAA